AUGCAGCCACUCCUGGUCUUAUUGGCCUUUCUUCUGCCCCCCAAGCCUGGGACAGGAAUCAUCAUCGGAGGACAUGAGGCAAAGCCCCACUCCCGCCCCUACAUGGUAUUGAUUCAGGUUCCGGGUAAGGAGAAGCCCAGCAGGUGCGGCGGUGUCCUAGUGAGAAAGGAUAUUGUUCUGACGGCUGCUCACUGCUGGGGAAACACAAUCAACGUGACCCUGGGGGCCCACAACAUGGAGAAACAGGAAACGACCCAGCAGAUCAUCCCUGUGAAAGAAACCAUCCGCCACCCAGACUUUAUUUAUGAGAAGUUAUCCAACGACAUCAUGUUAAUAAAACUGGAGAGAAAGGCCAAGCUGACUGCAGCUGUGAGGACCCUCAGCCUGCUCUGGGGCAAGGCCCAGGUGACGCCCGGACAGGUGUGCAGUGUGGCCGGCUGGGGGCAAGACUCAAUGGGCAUUUCAGCAAAUAUACUGCAGGAGGUGGAGCUGACUGUGCAAAAAGAUGUGGAGUGUGAAUCCCGCUACCGCCCUUUUUACAGCAGGGCCACCCAGAUUUGUGUAGGUGACCCGAAGAAGAUGAAGAACAGCAUUAGGGGGGACCCCGGGGGACCCCUCAUCUGCAACAACAUGGUCCAGGGCAUUUCCUCCUAUGGACAACUGAGCGGGAACCCUCCAGGAGUCUUCACGAAGGUCUCAUACUACCUGUCCUGGAUAAAGAGAACAAUGAAACACCUCAAACAGCAGGCAUGA